CGCCAUGGAAGUGAACUCCGAAAAUGGGUUGCUGCAGGGGAAACAAGCGACGACUUACAAAUUACCGGAAGUGACCUUUCUGAUAGUAAAUGAGACUUACAUAGGGCAACAGCACAGUCGAAUUUACGUUGCAAGGCUUGGCCUUAUGAGAACUAUGGUUUACUCUCCUGGAAACCCCAUUUGCCAAGAACAAGGAAUGGCACCUCAUAUUGUUCGAGUUGUUAUUGCUGGGAAUUCUGUUGAAUUUGCUCGAGGGAUUCUUAAUGGUCAGAACUUGGGUUCUAGGGAUCAGUCAAAACUGUCAGAGCACGUAAAAGAGCUUGAUAUCCUAAUGAGUCAGAUUGCUGCAGGUAUACCUGUGGAUAUAAUGCCGGGUGAAGCUGACCCAGCAAAUUCCGCAUUGCCUCAGCUGCUAUAUGUUUGGUUUCUUGGGACAUCGGGUCAGAACAUUGACGAUCUUGCAAAAUAUUCUAAUGCGACAAGUAAACUUAAGUUCCUUGAAAGGACAUUAGGAUGGAGACACAUUGCACCAACAGCCCCAAAUACUCUAGGAUCUAAUGGGCAAGCGUUGAACUUGAGGAAUCUUGAAUGCCUUGCGCUCACUAUUGGUUUUCAGUUCGAUUCUUGAGUGUAAGGUCCAGUAGCUCUAUAUGGAGUAUAAAAGAUUGGAGCUAAAGUGAAGCAGCUUCUUGCCAAGGUACGCAGCAGACAUCUAUUUUGUUAUAUCUGCAAACCAGAUUUUUUAUCCAGUUAAAACCAUGUAACUAGAGGGUGCAACAUAACCGCAGUUUACCACAAUUUCAAUAAAAUUGUUUAUGUACUGGUCAGUGUACAUUCACAAAGAUCCCCAAAUUUGUUUUUUGCAGUUCACUGUCAUUCUAUAAACAUGUCUGCCUUGUGCGAUAGAAAGUUAA